GCUCCAUUUUGAUCUUGACAGGGGCUGUGCUCGGCCAUACGUGCCAGUCUGUCUUUUCCAGCAUUUGCACAGUGCUUGACUAUUGCCAUUGGCUGCGGUCGCGAGAAAACGCGGGCUCAUUUGCCCCGCAGCCGAAGCAUCACGAGCAAACGCACAGACUCACCAGUUUAAAGCACCGCGGCGGUCGUGGUGGCUAGGCGGCCUAGCUCUAAGCAAAGCAAAGCAAAAAACAGCACAGCGCGCAAAACAAUGGACGUCGUCGACCUUUUAAAUGACAGAGAAACCUUCGCCGACGACCUGGUCGACGACGCGAGCGAGCCGUCGCUCGAGCUCCACGUCACAAAUGAUGGGACCGUCGUCGACUCCUUCCUCGCGGAGCGCGCCAUAAAGCUCCAGGAGGCCGACGCCGCCCUGGCCCAGCGGCGCGACGAGUCGGCGCGGAAGCUGCGCGAGGCCCGGUUACAAGCGGAAAACCCGCCGAUCCGCGAGCCGGCGUCGCCGGUCGUGAACAUAGGCGGCGCGCUGCGACGGUGCGAGGAGGACGACGACGACAGCGCGCUGCCGCCGACGCCGCCGCCGCGGCAGCGUCCUUCAGAAAUGUGGACGGCCGGCAGUCCAUCAACGCUGCCGCCGCCGUCGCCGGCCUUCACAACGAAUCAGACCGUGGCCGUCGACGAUCGCAAUAUAAGACGGCCGGAGAACGCGCCCGCGAAGUCAAUAGAGGAGCGGCUCAAGCUGCGGAUCGCCGGCCUCAGCGGUACAAUAAGGGAGGUCACCGCGGAGAAGCACCUCGUCGAGCAGGAGCGCGACGCCUUGAAAAGGGAGCUCGAACGGGAGCGGCGGCGGCGUAGUAUGACCCCGACGCCGCAGCAGAUCGAAAAAAAGUCGGACGAGACGGCCCUAAAAAAAGAGCUGUUGGCGGCGCGCGAGGCCACGGCGACGGUCAAGACCGCGCUGAACGACGCUAGAAAACGCGAGCGCCGCGCCGUCGAGCUCGGCGGGGCUUUACGACGGCGUGUCGGCGACGAGCGCCGCCGCGCCGACGCUGCGGAGAAUGAAUGCAAUGAAUUGAAACGGCGCUUAGCGGCCGUCGAGGCCGAGCGCGACGGUGAACAGAGGCGGUUGAUCAUGCGGCGCGACGCGGACCGAAGGCGCACGGAGUCGUACACGAAAUUCGCCGAGGCCGCCGCGGAGGCUUCUAAAAGGGAAGAAGCGCUGCGGGACCAGCUCCGCGAAGCUCAAAACCGGGGGACGCGGCGCGCGCGCGAUCUCGAAGCGCUGCGGCGCGCGGCCGAGGACCGUUGUACGGACGCGGAGCGCGAAGCUAGACGGCUGACCGACGAGGUCGACGCGCUGCGCGCGGCGCUGGGCCGCGCGCCGAAGCGGCGGGAGCGGCCGCCGACGCCGAGCGCGUCGCCUCCUAGACGGCCGCCCUCACCAAAACCGCCGCCACCAGAAAAACCGUCCUACUGGUCGGAGCCGGACUCGUCCGAGGAGGCGCCGACGCCGCCGCGCCGGAGGGCCGCGCCGCAC